UAUUAUUAUUAUUAUUAUUAUUAUUAUCAUAAUCAUAAUGAUGCCUCUCUUCUUUCAAAUUUCAAUUUAAAUACCACAACCCUUUCCUCCCCUCUCCUCUUCUCUAUUCCUCUCUUUUUCUUGUUAUAAUUUAGCUUUGAAUAUGGAUCCUUCUUCUACAAAUUCUGUGAAUGGAUUUUACUCAUUUUUAACCAGAGGAAUCGAUGAUCUUGAACGUGUUUAUCUCUCCAACAAUUUCAUGUCAAUCCAAUUCCUUCAAAGGGUUCUUUCUUUAUUAAGAUCUUCUCACUCCCAGCUGACUUUACUUGUUCAAAAACUUCAUCUGCCCGUUGGUGAUAAGUGGCUUGAUGAAUACAUGGAUGAAAGCUCUAAACUUUGGGAAGCUUGCCAUGUUCUUAAAUCAGGAAUUUCUGCCAUGGAAAAUUAUUACUCUACUGGUUUCAAUAUCACUUCUUCUCUUGACAAUCAUCGCCGUCUCACCUCUCAAAUCUCCAGACAGGUAAUAAGAGCAAUUUCAGGGUGUAGAAGAGAAGCAGUAGGAUUGGAAGAAGAAAACAGAGGAUUAAUGGAAACAAGAAUCCAACCAUUAUCAUUGAGAUUCGAUGAAAAGGUGUCCAUUGAAUCAAAACUAAACGGGUUCAACGGGUUUAGAGGAGUCCUCUAUGCAAUGAGAAAUGUCAGUUCUUUAUUACUAAUGAUCUUACUCUACGGACUAGUCUACUGCUUCCAAGAAUCAAGCUUUUCAAGAAAUGGAUACGAAGGGUGUCUAUUUUUCGGAUCAGCUUUCAUGAUUUCAACAGCAAGACUGCAGCAGAGAGUGGCAGAAGAAAUAAACCAGAUAAAUGGAAGGCCAGGGGUGUUAUUGUAUGAAUUUAGAAGAUCAAAAAUGGCAAUGGAAGAAUUAAGAGGAGAGCUUGAAAGGAAAAGUGGGCAGGUGGUGGAUUGGGAAACAGAAGUGGAGAUAAGAGAGAGAGUAGAAAAUUUGAGAGGGUGUUUUGGGGUUUUGAGAUCUGGAGCUGAAAAUAUUGUUGGCCAGCUUGAUGAUUUCUUUGAUGAGAUUGUUGAAGGAAGAAAAAAGCUUUUGGAUUUUUGCAGUCAUAGAUAAACACAAAUUUUAUUUUAAUUAAUGAAGGAAAAAAAAUACAAGGUAGAGAGGAAGCAGUUGUUGGGGUUGUUGGUUGUACCUUUUAACUUUUUUUUCUCAUCCCCUAUAGUUUUUAUUUUUUGGUUAAGCAUAAAGUUUCUUUAUUUUUGGUAAUUUAUGCCCUUCUAUGGUAACUGUUGAUUAGAGGUUGGUUACUAUUAAAGUUAAAAGCUUUUCUGUA